AUGGAAAAAGUCGAGUAUUCUUUAGAGAAAGCAAUACUCCAUAACAAGUUUGGGUCAUUCUGCCUGAAAGCAGGAAGGGUUGAAAAGGCUGUAAAGCACUUUAACGACGCUAUAAGCAUAUGUCCUCCUGAUAUCCUUUUUAGCAAUGUCCAUGUUAAUCUUGCAAAUGCGUACCUUGAAGAAAAGAAGACUGAAGAAGCCAAAAUCCAGUUUCAGCUUGCAAUAGAAAAAUCGCCUUAUAACCAGCCUGACUUCCAAGGACUUGAAAUAAACCCUUCUUUGCAUUCUUUGGAAGCUUUAAGUGAGUCCUAUGCCAAUUUGGCUGUACUUUAUAUGAACAAAGACGAGCUUGAUACUGCACAUAAUUUGCUAUUAAGGUCAAUACAGCUGAAAAGUGACAGUGAGGCUAAUGUAAAUUUGGGGCAUCUUUUAAGACAAUUGAAUAGGAAAGAAGAAGCAAUUGAAUAUGCGUGAAGCCAAGCUGAAGCCCAUGCAAGAAAAGAUGGCGCUGAGUUUAUUAGGCCUACUCAAUUAGAGCCUAAACAUUUUGAGCUACCUCCCAGGAAUCCUGAAGAUACAGUGCAUGUGGUUUGUGUAAAAUGGGGCAGUAAAUAUGGUCCUGACUAUGUAAACAAGCUAUACCACGGCGUAAAACGGCAUGUCUCAGGGAUUCCUUAUGAUUUCUGCUGCUUCACUGAAAAUCCUGAAGGCCUUGACGAAGGCAUCAGAGUUGUCCCACUUGCUGAAAACUGGUCUGGCUGAUGGGGAAAAGCAACUUUGUUCAGUGAGCAUGGGCUUGAAGGAAGACUGGUCUAUAUUGACCUUGACACUGUCAUCACAGGCAGCUUAAACGAUCUUCUCUCUUAUCCUGGGGUUUUUGCAGUAAUGGGAACUUCAGAUAUCGCCUGUGAAAAAGAAAAAAACAGCUACAAUACUAGCAUUAUUGCGUGACACAGUUCUUUUGGCAAAGAAAUAUACACAACUCUUAGGCAGAACUACAAAUACAUGCUGAAAUUUAUAUGCAGAUUUGACCAUUGGACUGAAAUGAUGGUAAAAGAUGCAGAUUUAGUACAAGAGGUCUUCCCUGGGCAGUUUUUAGACUAUUUGACUUAUUGCAAAGAAAGCGUCCCUGAGGGCUGCAGAAUGGUGUGCUUCCCAAGAGACCCGAAGCCGCACGAUUAUAAGUCAGAGUGGAUUAGAGAAUUAUGGAAUUAG